AUGAAGGCACUGAUCUUGGUGGGCGGCUAUGGGACGCGUCUGCGGCCGCUGACGCUGAGCAUCCCGAAGCCACUGGUGGAUUUCUGCAAUAAGCCCAUCUUGCUGCACCAAGUGGAGGCGCUGGCCGCGGCAGGCGUAGACCACGUGAUUCUGGCGGUGAGCUACAUGUCUCAGGUGCUGGAGAAGGAAAUGAAGGCGCAGGAGCAGAGGCUGGGAAUCCGAAUCUCCAUGUCUCACGAAGAAGAGCCUUUAGGCACAGCUGGGCCCUUGGCACUGGCCCGUGACUUGCUCUCUGAGACUGCAGAUCCUUUCUUCGUUCUCAACAGUGAUGUGAUCUGCGAUUUCCCCUUCCAAGCCAUGGUGCAGUUCCACCGGCACCAUGGCCAGGAGGGCUCCAUCCUGGUGACCAAAGUGGAGGAACCCUCUAAGUAUGGUGUGGUGGUAUGUGAGGCUGACACAGGCCGCAUUCACCGGUUCGUGGAGAAGCCACAGGUGUUUGUGUCCAACAAGAUCAACGCAGGCAUGUACGUUCUGAACCCUGCAGUGCUGCGGCGCAUCCAGCUGCAACCUACAUCCAUUGAGAAGGAGAUCUUUCCUGUCAUGGCCACGGAGGGGCAGCUAUAUGCCAUGGAGCUGCAGGGCUUCUGGAUGGACAUAGGGCAGCCCAAGGAUUUUCUCACUGGCAUGUGCCUCUUCCUACAGUCCCUGCGACAGAAGCAGCCUGAGCAACUGUGCUCAGGCCCUGGCAUUGUGGGCAAUGUGCUGGUGGACCCAAGUGCCCGCAUUGGCCAGAACUGCAGCAUCGGCCCCAACGUGAGUCUGGGUCCUGGCGUGGUAGUGGAGGAUGGUGUGUGCAUCCGGCGAUGCACAGUGCUGCGAGACGCCCACAUCCGAUCCCACUCCUGGCUCGAGUCCUGCAUUGUGGGCUGGCGCUGCCGCGUGGGCCAGUGGGUGCGCAUGGAGAACGUGACAGUGCUGGGUGAGGACGUCAUAGUUAACGACGAGCUCUACCUCAACGGGGCCAGUGUGCUGCCCCACAAGUCUAUUGGCGAGUCGGUGCCAGAACCACGCAUCAUCAUGUGA